GAAGUCCAGCUAAGCUUGGGGCAGAAGAGAACGGGACUCGCAGAGGGCACAUGUAAGGAAUGCGAAGGUGAGCGAGGCGUGGCCCUCGUCGCCAAAAGCAGGCGCCUGAGCCUCUAAGUGAAUAAGAUACAGCCUAGCUAGCACGCCCGUGCGAACUGUACUGGUCACACCGGCUCGAGCGCUGGCCUUCUCGCCCCCUGCUCUGCGACUGGUAUGACUCGCUGCCCGUUCAACGGGCCCAUGCAUCGAUCCCGCCGACCAGGCUGCGUACAUAAAUGUCUUCUGUAAUCUAUUGUACAUCACCAGCAAACACUAGCGCGACAAUCGUGUUUCUAAAAGACCCGCAAAGUCCCGGGCCUCUGUAAGUUGCCUGAACACAAACUGUAGCACAUCAUCAGCCACAAACAAUAGCGCGACCAUCGUGUAUUUGUAAGGCCCACAAAGUCCACAAAGACCCAAACAAAGCGAGCUUGCACGGUGCUCUCUCUCUAGUCUCUGCAGCCUCGUGAGUACUUUCAUGAGCCAUAGCCUUGUAUAAGUGCAAUAGCACAAGCAGCUGGGGCAGUCCAACAGCAUUUUGCCGGCGUCUGGUGCGCUGAGCAAGCGAGCUUCGCGAAGCCUGCUCGCAACGCCCGGACCCCCGUUACGGGACUCCAGACCUAAGCCGAUCUUCUUCUAAACUCCCGCGAACUUAUAUUGUAAUGGAGAGCUUUGCGUCGGCUCCUGUGACGGUGCCGUCGGCCAUGGCGUCUCUGAGCCUGGACCUCCCAGUAAUGAAUUGGGACUCGUGCCCAGCCUCACCCUCCACGCCCCCCGCCGCUUCACCCGCCGGCUGCCUUAUGGGCGCUUGCACCGCGGCGGCUGGUGGCGCCGGCGGCAGCAUUCGGGCGCGCAGCAGCUCCGCCGGCGGCUCCACUUCUUGCAGCGCUGCCGCCAGCGGAGCGCUGGCACCCCAGAAGAAAACUAAGAAGCGCGUCCGCACCGUGCCGCCCUGCAAAGGAUGCGGCUCGCAGCUUAAGCACGCGCAGUACUUUGUGCACCUCAAGGACAUCCAGCUUCGCGGCACCUGCCGCGGCAAGGCCGCUACCGUUGCUGACGAGCCGGGGGCGCCGCCGGCUGCCGGCAACACCAGCAGCGGCACCAGCAGCGGCAGCCGCAGCCGGCAAAGCGAGUGCGGCACCGCGGCCACUCGCCCCGCCACGAAGCAGGACAGGCCGCCGGUCCACAAGUCCGCCACCUUCACGGCCGCCAAGCGGCCGACCGCGCCCCCAGCAGCGUUCGCGCAGCCCGCCCUGCUGCCGCUGCCGCUGAAGGACACACCGAUGUUUGCCUCCGCCGCUGCCACUUCCACCGCCACCGUUGCGCCCGCUGCUAUGGCGGUGUCCGCCGUGCUCCCACCGCCGCAGCUGCCGCAGCUGCAGCGGCCCUUCGCGUGGCAGGCGCCGCAGCCACAGCCCUUCGUGUGGCGGCAGCAGCAGCAGCAGCAGCAGCAGCCGCAGGCACUCCUGGCGCCGCAGCCCCGGCCUGUGUGUGUGGCAUCCGCCGCCGAUGAUGACGAGGACAAAGAUCUGGACAGCUUUCUUGCGGCGGUGUUCGCCAACGAGCUCGCGGCGGGGCCUUUUGACGACACCGCGUGCCCCGCCUCCGCUAACGCCGCCGCAGACGGCGGCGGCUCCUUCGCGCCCCUUCUCCUCCCACACGCGGCGUCCCCGGCGCUGCCGGACGCGGCCGCGAACGGCCUGCCUCUGGCGUGGCUGCCAGCAGAGGGGAAUGUGGAGGAGGAGGUGUUCCAGAGUGGUGGGUUUGCGAUGGAGGUGGAGGUGCUGGAGCUGGCGGCGGAGCUGGCGGCGGCCGUGCCCUGUUCGCCCGGAAGCACCAGCGGCUGCAGCAGCGGCGGCUGCAGCAGCGGCGGCAGCAGCGGCGGCAGCAGCGGCUGUAGCAGCGGCUGCAGCACCAACAGCGGCGGCGCCGCCUGUCCCGAUGGCGCCUGGGCUUACGGCUACUGCUGCUGAUGGCGGGAAGAGCAUAUUGGUUGUAAUGAUGGACUGGUGGACUGGGGAUCGGUUUUGAUGAUGGACUGGUGGACUGGGGACUGUCCCCUCCAGCAGCGCUACUGCCAUACCGUAGGUGGAGAUGGAAUGUGGCGGCGCCGUGCGCUGAAUGCCCUGGUGGCGCCGGCAAGGCCUCAUCGCCGCCAGCUAGCGCUAGCAAGAGCAUCAUCUCACCUCUUGAGUUAGAUUCAAAUAAGCUCGAUUUGGGAGCAUUUCAACGCAUGCUAGACCAGGUCACAGGCAGAUUGGCACGGCUAGCCUGCUGCCACAAAGCAAACAGAAAAGGCAUCAGUGCUGGGCCGGCGCCUUGCACGCAAGGCGCUCCCAUACAUAAUAUUCAUCAUGGUGAUAUCGCCAGCAUUGAUAAAUGUCUACAACCUAAGUGACGGGAACUCGCAAAGUGUUUUGUGUGUGUGUGUGGGCAUGUAUGGUGCGGCGGAGCGCGUGCAGCCGCAGAAGGAUAGCUAGGGUCGUGAUCAAAAGGACGCGGGCUAGAUUAUGUAACGCAGGUUUCCGCUCGGAGGCUGACUCGAAUGCAGUUUGCUUACUCAGCUCAGAAUAAUGUAUGUCUCUUUGUUUGGGCGUGAGCACGGUGCUGCCGAGAGACGACGUAUGCGCGCAUGCCGCAGGCCCGGCUUAAGAAGUAUAAUGACCUGAAGAGUAAUUCCGCAAGAGCUACUGUGGGUGUGUGCGUAGCAGGGUAGGUUCUGUGCUUUUACAUACCGUAUGGUGCGUGAGCAAGGCGUUUCGCCACGUGCAAUCACGUGGAAACAUGUGUGUUGGGGUUGCGCCGUGGGGUUGCGCUGACAGUGUACGAACAAUCGGUGAUGCCUCUUGAUAGGGCUUGGCGCGUGUGAUGGCUCGCAGCCGGUGGCGUGGCGUCGUGAGCAGCUUGCAGUGUGUGAACAGAGUGUGUUGGAUACAUACCAAGUCACGAUACCAAGUACAUACCAAACAUUUACCCCGUGAUUCGAGACGUGUGUGAGCUCCGCUGCUUUCAGCGCCGCCCCUGUAUCAGUUGUGUGACCGUAGCCCUGCUUGGGUCCUAGUUCUGAGUUGACGUUGAUGCGAACUAUGGCACGCGGUAGAUAGCGUUUGCAUGCUGCUGUCGCUGGGGUUCUAUCCGUGCGAGAAGGCGUGCUUGUGCCGUUGGGGCUUAUGGUAGAUAGCAGACAACACCAUUAUCAGAACAUGGGCCUCGUGGACUGGCAAGUAACAUUGACAUGCGCAAGCCUCGCUAGCUUGCGCGGUGCCCGCCUGCAACUGGCACAGGCACACAUGGACUGGGACACAUGCUGUAACAUGCACGCUCC